GGGACAAUCACAACAAAAUCGGGAUGAUCGUGAAACGGGUGAGCGUGCCCAUUGGACUGGAAGAACUCAUGGAAGGACUCACCAAGGAAGUUCUCCUGAAGAAACCCAAGGAUCUCUACAUGUUCGCUUCCGAAUACUUCUCGCGUCUGGUACACCUGAGAGAACAAACACACUUCCAUCAUAAAGUACGUAGAGCACAGUCCGUAACCCAACUGAAACCCUCGGUGCUGGCCAAAGAACCGAAACCAAGACCCAAACCUGCCAAACCCAAUCUGUCAAGACAAAUGAGCGUGCGCGGCAAGUCUCCCACGGCCCCAAAGACCAAUCAGACACCUAGAAAGAGAUCGACGACAAUCCCCGAGGGGCAACCCCUAAGCGAAACAAAGAUAAACCCCAAUAAGCAAAAGAAGGUGAUCAAAGUCGAUAUAUUAAAGAAACCGGGUGAGAGCAAACUGGACUCGGAUGUUUUGGAGGCGAGCACCAACGUGGCCCAAGUGGAACAGAAAAUCAACAAGAAAAAGAGUGAGAAAAAACUGUCAGGUCCAGUGGUACCCAAAAAAUCUGUAUGUAUUAAUCAAGCACUAGAUUCUUCAAAGCACCUCCAAGGAGUACAAGAAGAAGGGAUUCUAAAACAAUGUGCAAUAGCUCAAGAUGCUUCAGAUGAGGGGAGUAAUAAUAUGGAUAAGGCAUCAGAGGUGCUAAAACAAUCUGGCACAGUUCAAGAUUCUUUGGUUGAAACUGGAGAAGAUGCUGAUAAGAAGGGAGGUCCAAUGACAAUCAAAGCAAAUAAAGAACCAGAGACACAAAAAGUAGCAUCUGAGUUAAAAGUUGAAACUGAGACAAGUGUUGAUAAAAAGGAUGCCAUAAAGGUUCUCCAAGAAGAAGGAAGAAGUGGCGAAGAGCCAGAGGUACUAAAACAAUCCAACGAUGCUUCGGAGUCAAGUGUUGAUAAAAAAGGCCAAGAAGUUUCUUCAAAUACAACUCUGGAAGAAAACGGAAACAGUAAUCAGAAAAUCAAUGGAGAACCAGGGGCUCUAAGGCAAUCUACCACCUCUCAAGAUGCUCAAACAACUGUUGAGGUUGAUAAAAAACUAAGAGCCAGUAAUAAGGCAGUAGAUAAAGAACCAGAGAUUCCAAAACAAUCGACCAUACCUCAAACUUCAAGUGUUGAUAAAAAGAGUCUAGGAGUUUCUUCGGAGACACUUCAAGGAACAGUGAGUAGCAGUAACGAAGAAAUAGAUAAAGAAUCAGGGAGCCCAAAACAAUUUACCGUAGUUCGAGAUCCUUUGGUUGAAACUGAGUCAAAUGUUGAUGAAAAAGGAGCAGAUGAUUCUUCAAAAAAACUCCAAGAGAAAGAGAGAAGCAACGAUAAGGAAGUGGAAGAAAAACCAGAGAUUUUAAAACAAUCUACCAUUUCUCAAAAUUCUCAAAAAAAUGAGGCGAGUGUUGAUGGAGCUUCAGCAUCAAAAGACUCUCCAAAGACACUGCAAGAGAAAGAGAGAAGCAUAGAUAAAACAAAUAAUGAAAAACCGGAGACACCAAAACAAUCUAUCAUACCUCAAGGUUCUUUGGUUGAAACGGAGUCAAAUGUUGAAAAAGUUGAUAAAAAAGGGCUAGACUCUUCUUCACAGCAAGAGGAAGCGAGAAGCAUAGAUAAUGCAGCUAAUGACAAACCAGAAACCCAAUCUAUCAUAUUACGAAAUUCUUUGGUUGAAAUUGAGUCAAAUGUUGAUAAAAAAGGAGCAGAAGAUUCUUUAAAGAAACUCGAAGAGGAAGAGAGAAGCAUAGAUAAAGCGCCUAAUGAAGAACGAGAGACACCAAAACAGUCUAUCAUAUCUCAAGGUUCUUUGGUUGAAAGUGAGUCACAUGUUGCUAAAAAAGGACCAGAAAAUUCUUCAAAGAACCUGCAAAAAGAAAAGAGAAGCAACGGUAAGGCAAUGGAAAAAAAAACAGAGGUUCUCAAACAAUCUACCGUUCUUCAAAAUUCUCCAAAAAAUGAGGCGAGUGUUGAUAAUGUUGAUGAACAAGCAUCAAAAGAGUCUCCAAAGACACUGAAAGAGGAAGAAAGAAGUAUAGAUAAUAAUGAAGAACCAGAAACACCAAAACAAUCUACCAUAGUUCAAGAUUCUUUAGACGAAUCUGAGUUAAAUGUUGAUAAAAAAGAACCAGAUGAUUCUUUAACAAACGCCGAAGAAAAAGAGAGAAAUAACGAUAAAGCAGUGGAAGAAAAAACAGAGGUUCUCAAACAAUCUACCGUUCUUCAGAAUUCUCUAAAAAAUGAGGUGAGUGUUGAUAAUGUUGACCAAAAAGCAUCAAAAGAUUCUUCAAAGACACUACAAGAAGAAGAGAGAAGCAUAGAUAAAGAAACUAAUGAAAAACCAGAGUCACUAAAACAAUCUGCCAUAAUUCAAGACCCUUUGGUUGAAUCUGUGUCUAACGUUGAUAAAAAAGUACCAGAAUUUUCUUCGAUGCAAGAGGAAGCGAGAAGCAUAGAUGAAGCAUCUAAUGAAAAACCAGAGACACCAAAACAAUCUAUCGUAACUCAAGGUUCUUCGGUUGAAACUGAAUCCAGAAGACCAGAAGAUUCUUCAAAGAAACUCCAUGAAGAAGAGAGAAGCAACGAUAAGGCAAUAGAAGAAAAACCAGAGAUUCUCAAACAAUCUACCACUCUUCAAAGUUUUAAACAAAGUGCAACGAAUGUUGAAAAUGUUGAUGAAGACGCAUCAAAAGAUUCUCCAAAGACACUGAAAGAGAAAGAGAGAAGUAUAGAUAAAGCAACAAAUGAAGAACCAGAGACACCAAAACAAUCCAACAUAGUUCAAGAUUCUUCUGUUGAACCAGAAGAUUCUUCAAAGAAACUCCAAGAGGAAAAGAGACGCAACGAUAAGGAAACGGCAGAAAAACCAGUGAUUUUAAAACAAUCUACAACUCUUCAAAAUUCUCAACAAACUGAGGGAAGUAAUGACGGCGUUGAUGAAAAAAGAUCAGAAGAUUCUGUCAAGAAACUACAAGAGGAAAAGAGACGCAACGAUAAAGAAAUGGAAGAAAAACCAGAGAUUCUCAAACAAUCUACCAUUCCUCAAAAUUCUCAACAAACUGAGGCGAAUGUUGAUGGACAAGCAUCAAAAGAAUCUGCAAAGAAACCGCAAGAGAAAGUGAGAAAUAUAGAUAAAGGAACUAAUAAAGAACCAGAGAUACCAAAACAAUCAACCGUAGUUCAAGAUGAUUCUUCUCCAAAGACAGUUCAAAGAGAAGAGAGCUCAGAUAAAAAACCAGAGAACCCAAAACAAUCCACCAUACAUCAAGAUUCUUUGGUUGAAAAAGUUGAUAAACAGCAAGAACCAAUUUUUUCAAAGACAUUGCAAGAAGAGAGCAACAGCAGUAAGGAAACUGAUAAAGAACCAGAGAUACCAAAACAAUCUACCAUAGUUCCAGAUUCUUCGGUUGAAGCUAAGUCAAAUGUUGAAAAAGUUGACAAACCAGAAUCAAAAGACAAUCAGACCAACCAAGAUGAAACUCCAGAGGUACCAAAACAACUCAAUAACCUUCAAGUUUCUUUGCUGCAUAAGCAACAUUCGACUGAUGACGCAGAAGAAACUCAAGGAAUAAUGAAAAGCAACGACAAGGAACUAAUUGAUGAAAAACCAGAGGCACCAAAAAAAUCUACUACUACACCUCAAGAUUCGUUAAUUCAAGAAGCAGUGAGAAACAAUGACAAGGCAUUGGACCAAAAAUCAGAGAUUCCAAAACAAUCCAUCAUACCUCAAGAUUCUUUGCUUGAAACUAAGGCAAGUGUUGAUACACGAGAACCAAUUGCUCCAAAGACACUUGAUAAGGAUUCAGAGAUACUCAAACAAACUACAACACCUCAAGAUCCUUCGGUUAAAACUGAGGUGAGUGUUGAAAACCUUAAUAAAGAAACUGGUCCAGAGUUACUAAAACAAACCAUUAAACUUCAUGAUUCUGUUGAAGAUUCCCAAAAACCUUCGCAAGGUGACCACAAAAACCCACCUACCACCUCUCACCAAGGUUCUUUCAAAGAUCCCACCGAAUCACCUAAUGAGAAAAACACAGCGGUUCCCAACAUGUUCCAAGAGGGUUCUUUGGUGACCAGCGAAGCCAAAGAUAGUGGCUUCAAUACACCACAAGCCAGUUUAGAUCCUUCAUCUUGUAGCAGUGAAGUUGCCAACGAACCGAAGAACCAAUUGGAAAGUGAGCAAGAACCAGGGAGGGAAGAAUCAUCAAAAGAAACAAAUUUUAAAUCAAGAGUAGCAGACCACGGGUCACCAACUGAACCUAAAGAAACUUCAAGAAAUCAGUUUUUUCGUGAAAAUCAAAAACUGGUUCCGGAAACAGGUGAGUUAGACCAAAAGGUGGUAAAACCUCUUGAUUCCUCAGCCCCAAAACCAAUCGACCUGGAGGCAUUAAAGAAGGACAUCGAACUGCAUCUGGCCAACAAGGAAAACAUCCCGGAACCUCUGUCAGACGACAAGAAGAUCCCCAGCAAGGUUUUCAGCUCCGUUAAGGACCUCCUGGACUUUGAUUCUCACAAGACCCUUAUGGAGAGCAAACGGUUCAGCUCCAGCGACAAAGACUCCAACAGUCUAAAACUGAUCAUCGUCAAUGGUGGUUCUAGUGAGGAAGCUGAAAGGACCAAGAGGAGCAAUACUGAAGAAGAAGUAAAAUCUCUUGAGGAAGACGAUGAGGGUGAUGAAAUGAGGCAGGGGAUUAGUAAGGAGGACACUUUUGUCAAAGAAGAACCGCAGCAGAGGAGACCGAAGUUGGGAGACAUUGAGCAAGUGGCUUCGGUGAUCGAGGUGGUGAAGCCUGAACUGACUUCGAUGAAGUCGGUCAAAGACUUCUUGGAAAACGAGCAAAAUCACGUUUAUGUGGCAGAGAAGACCAAGAAGCCUAGUAAGAUCUUAAAGUACAAGCCUGAAAGGUCACUUUCUCAAUCCAGCUUGAAAACCCCGACUUCAAGCCUGGACAGAGACGACAAUAAUAAAGUGAGAAGAGCCAGAUCAGUUGGGGUGCCAAAGACCAAAGAAACCAGGAGCAGAAUCCCUACUCCUAGGAGAUCAGCUGGUAGGAGACCACUGGUCAGACAACUGGAAGCUGACAGUAAGGAGUUAGAAGAAAAACUGAACGGUAAAAAUUCAACCGGAAGCAGUAGCGAGGACGUGCUGAUCGCCAAGAGGAUCUUGGAGGGGGUCGAGGGUGCUAAGGAACACCUGGAAGGAAUUGAGCAGAAAUCUGUGCGUAAGACAAAGGAGGAAGAUGCUGCGAGGACCAUCCAGUCCGCAUGGAGGGCUAGAGAAGUAUUGAAGAAGCAGAGAAAUAAAGAAGAGGAGGCAGCGAUCAAGUUACAAGCAUUAGUCAGAGGGUUUUUGGAACGUCAUAGGCACCAAAAGAGGACACUGAGUAAGACAAUUAAAAAUGUUGAUCCAUCAGUAGCUACGAAACCAGAUUUCUACAGAUCUGACACAGUAAACGAACCGGAGGCGAUCAAAGAAUCAGCUUCGACCGUAGGCAAACCAAGCAAAGACUCUAACAACAAUUGUAGCAAACAAGAGACCCCACUGGAGAAAGAGGUUAGGGCAACGGUGGAGGGCAUACUGAAAACCACUGCCAAAAAGACACCCCUGGAGGCAGACAUUGGCAAUGCCAUAAAAGCAAUAAUGGAAAACAACUCCACUUCCGUAGACCUUAAAUCUCCUCAUCGUAGCACGAGCAGUCAGGAAACAGCCCAGGACGACCAGAGCAGCGUCGGCUCAAUGGACUCAGUCGUGACGGUUGUACUUAAGCCCAAACACCCUCCACACACUUCCCAACAAGAACCACCUAAUCAGCCAAAAAAGCUAUCGAGCAAAGCCUUGUCUACCAGCGCUAUCGAAGACCACGUGGACCUCAUAGACCAAGUGCAGAACUCGUUGCUGGAUCAGCUCUCGGGCAAACCGAUAGACGAGAAGAACAAGUUCGAUAUCGAACAGCUACGCAAAGAGCUACAUGACGCAGCUACGAUGUACAAAGACGAAGACACCUCGACCACCGUGGACGGGUAUUUGUACGAUUUCGAUCCGGAGGAUGGGAGGGAGGAGGAGGGAGAGCGCGACAGGAUGGUUCGCACUCCGUUGAGGAAUUUGCCGGAUAUCGCUGAGGAGGCGGAGAGCAAAGAGGAGGACGGGGAAAAGAGGUCUCACCAAGAGGAAAGCCUUAAGGGAGAAUCAAAGAAUUCUUCUCCUGGAGGACAGGAACACUCUUAUGGAACCUCUGGUGGAAGUCCAGCAGGAGUUGCCCUGAUAGAACCGGCAGUUGAUGGAAGUGAGGGUAAAGAAGGUUGCUGCAAUGGAGCCUUGAAGGUUGAUGACAAGAAUGAAGAAAGUGAUGUGAAAGAGAGAGACGUCAAGGGAAUUAGUGAUGGUAAGAGCAGUAAAGAACAAGGUGAUGCUAACGAUUCUAGUAAAUCAGCUAUACUUAGCACAGCUGACUCGGUACAAACAGAGAAAGGUAUCGUCGAAUCAGACUCUAAAGAGUCCCAGAAGUUGCUUCACGACACUGUGAGCAUUCCAAAGUUGACUCAACAGUCUCUGAAUGAACAAAAUAAAUUACUUCAUUCCAGUGAACUUCAUGAUAGUAUGAUUAUUCCACAGCUGACUCAACAAUCUCUGGACAAAACAAAUCAAGGAGUAAAUCAUCAGAAAUUACUUCAUUCGAGUGAGUUUCACGACAGUGUGAUCAUUUCAGAGUUGACUCGACAAUCUAUGGACAACAAUGAACAACCAAAUAUGCCUAACAAGGAAGCAGAACAAUCUACUACAGUCAAAACCAAUGAUCAAGACAAAUUACUUCAUUCCACUGAAGUUUAUGAUAGUGUGAUUGUUCCAAAAGUGAUUCAACCGUCUGUGGACAAAAUUGAGCAAGGGGGUAAUCAUCAGAAAUUACUUCAUUUUAGUGAGUUUCACGAUAGUGUGAUCAUUCCAGAACUAACUCAGCAAUCUUUAAACAACAAUGAACAAAUCGAUAUAUCUAACAAGGAAAUACUUCAAGAUCAUCACGAGUUGCUUCAUUCCAAUAAACUUCAUGAUAGUAUGAUCAGUCCGAAGUUGACUCAAAAAUCCUUGGACAAGACGAAUGAACCACAAGAACACAAAUUACUUCAUUCUAGUGAACUUCAUGAUAGUGUGAUUAUUCCAGAACUGACUCGACAAUCUGUGGGCAACAAUAAACCACUCAAUAUGUCUAACAACGAAAUACUUCAUGACCAUCACGAGUUGCUUCAUUCCAAUGAACUUCGUGAUAGUAUGAUCAUUUCAGCCCAAGAAUCUUUAGACAAAACUAAUGAAGAAGACAAAUUGCUUCAUUCUAGUCAACUUCAUGAUGGAGCCUUGAAGGUUGAUGACAAGAAGCCUAAUGAAGAAAGUGAUGGGAAAGAGAAAGACGUCAAGGGAAUUAGUGACGGUAAGAACAGUAAAGAACAAGGUGAAGCUAACGAUUCUAGUAAAGCAGCUAUACUUAGCACAGCUGACUCUGUACAAACAGAGAAAGGUAUCGUCGAAUCAGAGUCUAAAGAGUCCCAGAAGUUGCUUCACUCUAGUGAGCUUCACGACAGUCUGAUCAUUCCAGAGUUGACUCAACAAUCUCUGAAUGAACAAAAGAAAUUACUUCAUUCCAAUGAACUUCAUGAUAGUGUGAUCAUUCCAGCCCAAGAAUCUUUAGACAAAACUAAUGAACAAGACAAAUUACUUCAUUCCAGUGAACGUCAUGAUAGCGUAAUUAUUCCAGAACUGACUCAACAAUCUCUGGACAACAAUGAACAACUCAAUAUGUCUAACAAGGAAAUACUUCAAGAUCAUCAAAAGUUGCUUCAUUCCAGUGAGCUUCAUGAUAGCGUGAUUAUUCCGGAGAUCACUCAAAGAUCUCAAAACAAACCCAAUGAAGGAAACCAUGAAGUUCCGACUCGUUUUUCCAAUGAAAAUCAUACUAAACCAUCUGAUAUAGACAGUGAGAAUAAAAAUAAACUGCUUGUUGAACCUGAACAUAAAAACGGUGUCACUGAUAAGACUUCAACAGUUGAAGGUCUCAAGCAUAAUGAACUGAUUCAUUCCAGUGAGUUUCAUGACUCUAUACCAGCUCCAAUGCUGACUCAGGCAGUUUUGGGAGAACUUGAAGCAGGCAAGAAUGUUGAAAAUGUGCCUCAUGGGUCAUCGGUCGAAAAAACACCAAAAACAGUUGAGUCAGAACAGCUUCAUGACAGUGAGGUGGAUAAAGGAUAUAAGAAAGAAGCCUCACUAGUGAAUGCAAAAUAUCCCGAAAAGAAUGAUUCACUUGAAUCAAAAGCUUCCAGUGAAGCGCUUGGUCCAGAGUGUAAAGACUUAAGUGACACCAAAGAGGUUAAAAGCCAGAAUCUUUUGCACUCGAGUGAGCUGCACGAUACCGUGCUGAUUCCAGGUCUGACCGAGGAACUUCAAGAAUCAAGUGAUAAAGUUCAUGAAGAUAAACCGAAACUUCCUUCCAGUGAGCUUCUUUCGAUGCCAGAAGGUUCGUUUAAUGUUAUCAAACCAGGUGAUAAAGCUGAAGAAGACUCGGUAGUCCAAGAAGUCAUCAAGAGAGUUGUAUCCAGUGAGCUCCAGGUUGAAAAUGAAAAAACUGCUACCGAGACAAAUGAUGGAGACCAUCAGAAACUUCUUCACUCUAGAGAACUUCGUGAUAAUCCUCCCAAGGUCCCAGAUUCAUCUGAUAUAACUGUAGAAACCUCGAAGCCUCCUGAAAUUCCUCACAACUCUGAUUUACUUACCAAAGACCAUCGGGUGCUUGACUCAAAAACCCUUAAACCCUCUGACCUUAACGUCAACGAUAACAAAAUCGAGACUCUUCAUUUGAAGAGUUUCACUGGAUUGAGACACUCUGGCGAGUUCCAUGACGCGCUGGUGGUACCUCUGGCCCGUGGGGCUAACGUGAUGAUCAGUAACGGUACCGCGGAGGAGACAGGUGGAGCGCCGCAGGACCCAGCAGGUGUUGAGAGCGUCGACGUGACGUCCCGACGCCCCGCCUCGGACCGGGAGGGCGUCGCGACUGAUGGGGCGCAGGCGUCGCUUAAGGACGCUCGCCGAUCCUCCCGCGUCGAACAUCCCGACAGUCAGUCGUCGGAAUCGCGCGCUAUCGAACGACGGGGCAUGGAAAGCGGUUACAACAAUAACAACAACAAAAGGAAUAACGCGAUUAUCAGUAGUACAACAGUGGAGAAAAACAUGGAGCAGGAGGCGGCGACCAAAAUCCAGGCCGGAUUUAGGGGCUACCAAGUCAGGAAACAGUUGAAAGCUAAGAAUGCGUCGACUGUAGACCAAAAACGUCAACUGCGUAAAAGAAGUUCCCGCGAAAACAUGAAAGAUCCGGCGAAAGAUCUGGAGGAAAAAUCGGCGGUGAAAAUCCAGGCGGGAGUUCGGGGAUUUUUGGUCCGUAGAAGACAGAAGAAAACCGUCAACUCAUCCGCGUCUGCUUGAGAACCCCCCCCUAUUGUCAACAUUCUGCAAAUAUCCUGUUUAAAUACUUAAAUAGGACAUAUUAUAUGAAUUAUAUAAAAAUAAAUAAUGAGGAUUUAUUUAUAUGUUAUAGUAGAAUUCAGUAUUUUUAGUUGUUUAGUCUUAUGUAGGUGCCAGAUAUAAGCAAUGUCAUUUAAAGCAUGUGGAGUUAACCGAUGCCUAAAAAGUGCCUUAGCCAAAAAUAGUGUGGCACAAUUGAACAACCACUGGUAAACUGUUCGAUGUUUUUUUUUAAAUUCUAUUAUUUACUAAUUAAUAGUUUUAGUAUGUUAUAAAUAAAAGCAGAUUUUUUAAGAUAGA